AUGGGCUUCGAACUAAUAGCCGCCGCAGAUCGACUUGCUGCCGACUCGGCUUGCUAUCAAUGCUCAGAUUCUGUAACGAGCAAUAACACGCAGUUCCCGACGGGCGCAGCGAUAAUCAAGAGGCAAGCAACUGCAUCGCAACCGGCAUGCCUGAAAGCUACAAAUUCAGUGCAGAUCACCUCAGCUUGCAAUUGCAUGAUACCUAGCUCGACAAUCACGAUACGUCAGACGAUAUCGUCCGUCAUUACGAGUGUGAGGUCAAUCACAAACACGCAGAACAUUGUGGCAACUACUACGACAACGCCUACCAAGGUCAUCACCACCACACGACUCACAGUACUCUCACGAACGAGAUGGAACACUGUGCUCACGACUCAGACGACCACCGAGACCAAAGUAUCAGUCACGAGCUGGCAGCUGCAGGCCACUCCCUCAGCGUUCUACAUCGUUGAUCAAGACAUGCAAGUGACUGACGCUGACCUCCAACCAGGGCCCGCCGAUGCGGAUGAGAUUCACUACCACGUUCAGUACGACUGGGAUCAAUCAGACGACGAAUACGCCCCUACCAUUUUUUCCUUGGAUGGCACGCAACUUCAAGUCGCCGAUCUUUCCAAUGUCGAGGGUGCAGCAGAAGGCUACCCCGUUGUCGGCCAAUCAUACGAUGGACCUGGAAUGCAGAUGAUGGCUUUGUCUAACGCAAAUGGCUACGCUGUGCCUAGAUGUCGCAUCGAGGCUACGCAAGAUGGAAGGUGUCCACUUCGCUGCUCGGUGGACGGCAAUGAGGUCAACUCCAGAAAUGAAGAUGGAUUAUGGUCUCUGCUGCCUGCUGGCAGUGUCGCAGAGUUUACGAACUAUGUCCUGGCUGCUGAUGUGGCAGUCGAUGAAGACGGCGACGAUGAGACUCCAGUCGACCCUCCAACGCCAGUCGACCCAGGAACUCCAAGCACCGAGACCAAUUGUGCUUCACCAACCGAAAAUGGCAGCCCCUCACUCAAUUGCCCUAGAUGGAUUUAUACGGAUGCAUAUCUGGUGAACGGCAGCCAACCUCUCUGGCAGGGCACCGCAGCGAAUUUUACAGACUGUCGUAAUAAGUGCGACCGCAAUGGCUAUUGUAGGAUUGGAGACUACGAAUGUGCAAGAGGCAUUUGUAGGCUGUUUGAUAUGAUGACGGAUCACGGCGUUAUAAAUGUCGAGGGUGGACAUAAGCUUAUGAGAGCGUCAGGUUGCUCAGCUGUCGCAUUACCGAUCUAG